AUGGCCGAGGCAAUUGCUUACCCUGUUGCAUCCAAUCUUUUGUCGAAACUCGGCGAGUGUCUGUUUGCUCCUAUUGGACGCCAGUUUGGGUACGUGCUGUGCUACAAGUGCUACGUCGAAGAUCUGAAAAAUGGAGUCAAGGAGCUAGAGAUUGCAUGGGAAAGGGUGCAGCACGACGUCCAAGAUGCCAAGAAUAACGGAAAACCCAUAUACACCGAUGUUGAGAAUUGGCUGAAGUGUGAAAGUGCAAACAAUGCUUGCUUCUGUGGGUGGCUUCCCAAUCCCGUGGUGCGCCAUCCAAUUGGCAGGAAGGUAAAGAAGAUAACUAAAGUCAUUCUGGGACUCCAAGAGAAAAGCCCAAAUAAUAAAUUCCAGAAGGUCUACUAUGAGAGUUCUCCGAUAGGAAUUGCCAGUGCUACCACUUACAACAAAGAAGAUCUCCCAGAGUCCAGGGCCAAAAUCAUGGAGGAUGUAAUGAGGGCUAUAGUUGAUGACAAGGUCUGUGCGAUUGGGGUGUGGGGAGCAGGUGGAGUUGGCAAAUCCAAGCUUUUGGAGGAUGUGGAAAGGCAAAUUAAGGAACAAAAGCUGUACGACGUGGUUGCCAAGGCAAAUAUAUCACGAAGUCCAGACCUAAAAAGAAUUCAGGGAGAAAUCGCUCACGCAUUGGGCUUGAAGCUAAUGAAUGAGAAAACUACAUAUGGUAGAGCUAAUUGUUUACGUAAGAGGUUAGAGAGUGAUAAUGAGAAAAAUAUUCUCAUAAUUUUAGAUAAUUUGUGGGAGAAGCUUGAGUUGAAGGAAGUUGGAAUCCCUUGUGGAGAUGAUAAUAAAGUAAGAGGCUGUAAACUAUUGCUAACGUCUAGAUACCGAGAUGUUUUGCGCAUUGACAUGUGCUCUAACCAACAAUUCCAACUCAAUGAGUUGGAGGAUGGAGAAGCACAGAGACUUUUCGAAAGGAUAGUGGGGGACAAAGUUAAGAAUCCCGAGUUUACAAGCUUGGUGAGGAGAGUGGUCAAGAAUUGUGGAGGCUUGCCACUUUUGAUUGUUUCGUUGGCAAAAAGGUUGAAGCACGAAGAUUUGGCUGCAUGGAGGAAUGCUUCGACCUAUAUAGAUGUGUCGAAUGUAAAAUCACUAGUGGAAACAAAUUACAAUGACUUAAAAGAUGAGAGGAUUAGAUCAUUGUUCCUGAUUUGUGCUCUAGAGUCUGGGAGAAUUUCACUUAGGGAUAACUUUAUCUACUGCAUGGGUUUGGGUUUAUUUAAAAAAUUCAGCAACACCCUCGAAAAUGCUAGAGAUAGGUUGAUUAUGGAUCUACAUAGCCUGCAGGACUCUUCUUUGUUACUAGAUAGUAAUGACACGGAAAAGUUUAGAAUGCAUGACAUAUUUGUUGAUGCGACCAUCUCUAUUUUGUCCACGGAAUGGAACGCCUUGGUCGGGAGGAAGGAUUUUGGGUUUAAAGAAUGGUCAACGCAUGAGCUCAGAGAAUGCACCGCAAUAUCCUUCUUAUUGGUUGGCAUUGAUGAGCUUCCUAAAAAUUUGGAUUGCCCAAACUUGAGGAUGCUUCUACUAGCCGAACACAACCAGUCUCUCAAAAUUCCCGAGUCAUUUUUUGAGUCUAUGGAGAAGCUCCAAGUCUUGGACAUUACUGGCUUAUCUUUCACUUCUCUACCCCCAUCGAUUGAGCUCCUUGGAAACCUCAAGUCCUUAUGUCUUGAUGACUGCCAUCUAGAGGAUGUAACUGUUCUUGGAAAGCUAAAAAGAUUGCAAUUCCUAAGUUUCUUCAAAUCAGCAAUCCCUCGACUGCCCAAAGAAAUAGGUGAAUUAACAGAAUUGAGAUUUUUGGACUUGACAGUGCACUGGCUCAAAGUUAUUGAACCAGGUGUGCUCAAAAGCUUGGUUAAUUUAGAAGAACUGUAUAUGGAAGACAGUUUGAUCAGUGGGAGGCUGAGGAUGAAGCACCGCCAAGCAAUGCCAGCCUGGCUGAGUUGA